UCAGGAUCCAGACCCCGGUUGGAGGAUGCUCCUCCUCGGAUUGUAGAACACCCGUCCGAUCUCAUCGUGUCGAAGGGCGAGCCGGCCACCCUCAACUGUAAGGCCGAAGGGCGGCCAGCUCCUGUGGUGGAAUGGUACAAAGACGGUGAACGUGUUGAAACGGACAGAGAAGACCCUCGGUCCCACCGGAUGCUCCUACCCAGUGGUUCCCUCUUUUUCCUGCGAAUUGUGCACGGGAGGCGAAGCAAGCCUGACGAAGGAGUCUACGUGUGUGUGGCACGCAACCACCUGGGCGAGGCAGUCAGUCGCAAUGCAUCGCUGGAGGUGGCAAUUCUGAGAGAUGACUUCCGUCAGACGCCCAGUGAUGUGGUUGUGGCAGCUGGUGAACCAGCUGUCAUGGAGUGUAUCCCACCCAGAGGCCACCCUGAGCCCACCAUCUCAUGGAAGAGAAACAACAUCCGGGUCAAUGAUCGAGAUGAGAGGAUCACUAUCCGCGGUGGCAAGCUGAUGAUUUCCAACACCAGGAAAAGCGAUGCUGGCAUGUAUGUGUGUGUUGGUACCAACAUGGUUGGAGAGAAAGACAGUGAUCCUGCAGAACUAGUGGUUUUCGAGAGGCCAAUGUUCACCAAACAGCCGGUGAACCAGGUGGUGUUGGCAGACGACACGGUGGACUUCUUCUGUGAGGUGCAUGGAGAUCCGACUCCAAACGUACGCUGGCGGAGAGAGGAGGGAGAGUUGCCCCGUGGCAGAUUUGAGAUCCGCAGUGACAACAGCCUGCGUCUGACGAUGGUGCGAGCUGAGGACGAGGGCACUUACACGUGUGUGUCCGAGAACAGUGUGGGCAAGGCCGAGGCAUCGGGCAUCCUGCAAGUGCACGUGUCCCCUCAAAUUGUGGUUCGGCCGCGGGACCAGAUCACAGCACCAGGUCGCACUGUAACCUUCCUCUGUAGCACCAAGGGAAACCCUCCUCCUGCCGUCUUCUGGCAAAAAGAAGGCAGCCAGAUCUUGCUGUUCCCGACCCAGGAGCCGUCAGACUCCGGUCGUUUCUCUGUGUCGCUGAGCGGGGAGCUGACCAUCGUCGAUGUCCAAGUCAAAGACUCUGGCUACUACAUCUGCCAGGCCAUCAACGUGGCCGGCAGCAUCCUGACCAAAGCCCUGCUAGAGGUGGAGAGUGCACCUUCGGACCGCGUGCCUCCCAUCAUCCGUCAGGGACCAGCCAAUCACACUUUAGCCCCAGGAUCCACCGCUCAGUUACACUGUCACAUCAUGGGCAACCCUAUCCCCAGCAUCCAGUGGGAGAAAGACGGCCAGAGGAUCCUGGGAAACGACGGUCGGAUCAGCUUGAUGGAAAAUGGCACCUUCCAAAUCACCAACCUCCAGGAAACGGACUCUGGGGUUUACACCUGCCUGGCUUCCAGCUCCAGUGGAGAGACAAGUUGGAGUGGAGUGCUCACAGUCAAAGAGAGCGCAGAUUCAUCAACGGCUCAGGCCACAGAGCCCUUCCAGCUGCCGGGUCCACCACACAAACCCAUCGUCACUGAUGUGUCCAAGAACAGCGUCUCCCUGACUUGGCAGCCCAACGCCCACGAGGGAGGAGCUGCCGUCACCUCCUACAUCAUAGAGGCCUUCAGUCAAUCAGCAGGCAGCACGUGGCAGACCGUAGCCGACAUGGUCAAGAUGGAAACGCACACAAUCACUGGUCUUCUCCCAAACACCAUCUACCUGUUCAUUGUCCGAGCUGUCAACGCUUACGGCCUGAGCGACCCGAGCCCCAUCUCUGAGCCCGUCAGAACACAAGAUGUGAGUCCUACAGGUCAGGGAGUGGACCACAGGCAGGUGCAGAGGGAGCUGGGAGAGGUGGCUGUUCAGCUUCAAGAGCCUGUCACGCUAACAACUGCCUCCAUCAGAGUGUCCUGGACUGUGGACCGUCAGUCUCAGUACGUCCAAGGCUACCGUCUCUUCUACAGACCCAGCGGUGGAUCCUGGCUCCUCCAGGACAUCAACUCUCCCUCCGAGCGCAGCACCGUCCUCGCCAGCCUGCUCAAAGGAACCGAGUACGAGAUAAAGAUCCGCCCCUAUUUCGACGAAUUUCAGGGCAAGGACAGCCGAACGCUACUGGUCCGAACCACGGAAGAAGUCCCCAGUGCCCCGCCCAGAGCUGUCACAGUGGCAACGGUGAAGCUAAGCAACAGCUCCAGCAUCAGCGUCUCCUGGGAGCCUCCGCCCAGCGAGAUGCAGAACGGCAUCAUUCAGGAGUACAAGGUUUGGUGUGUGGGCAGCGGUGGAGACAACCAGACACGCUACUCCAUCAACAGGACGGUGGACGGACACACGUUGUCCACGGCACUGAGCGGCCUGAUGCCGGGGGUGCUCUACCAGGUGGAGGUGGCAGCGGUGACCAGCGCCGGCGUCGGCACUCGCAGUCAACCCGUGUCUGUCCUCAUCAAGCUGCCAGCUGAACAGCCCUCCAUGCCAGGCGGCGGAAGCAGCGGUGGCACCAGCGACAGCGGCGAGGAGAGCAGCGUAAGUCUGGCCGAGCAGAUUACCGACGUGGUCAAGCAGCCGGCGUUCAUCGCGGGCAUUGGCGGAGCCUGCUGGGUCAUCCUCAUGGGCUUCAGUGUCUGGAUCUACUGCAGGCGCAAGAAGAGGAAGGAGCUGAGCCACUACGCCGCCUCCUUCGCCUACACACCAGCAGUUGGUUUCCCUCAUGGAGAUGGUUCAGGACUCAACGGAAGACCCGGCGUGCUGGGAGGCAACAUGGGCAACUACCCGUGGUUGGCAGACUCUUGGCCGACCACCAACCUUGUCCACAGUGGUAAAGAGGCCGUCAACUGCUGCACCACCAACCACGACACGGCUGAGAGAUACUACAACGAAGCUGGAAUAUCCAACUACUUGAAUCAGACAGAGAAGUACAGCAUGGGAGGCUCCACUGAAGGUCCCAUCUACAGCACAAUAGACGCAACCAACGAGGAACUGCACAACUUCACCUACGCCCAGCACACCUCCACAGCCCCAUACGCCUCCACCUCCAUCAUGCCCUUCACCAACCAGACGCAGGCACCGGUCCUUGGUCCUGAGCAGCCGGAUGAGGGACACUGGAUCAUCCAGCCGGGGACCUCUGGAGCUCAGUACGCCCAGCCGGACCGCUGCAACGGUAAGCCCAGACAGAAGGCCAUGGGGAAGGCAGUCAAAACCCCGUCACUGACCUGGAUGGAGUCAUUGCCCCCCCCGCCCCCAGUUGAGGAGUUGGAGCAGAGUGAGCAGGACGACCAGCUCCCAGAACACGAGGACAUGGACUUAGGCUCGGAUGAGGAGUGGUGCCCCCCCCUCCCUGAGAGGACCUACCUGAUAGAGGGCUGCGAGGAGGGACCCUCGCCACCGCAGAGAAACAACGCCUGCUCUCCGGCCACUUCCUACAGUCACCAGUCGACCGCCACUCUCACCCCGUCGCCCCAUGAGGAGACCCGGACCCCCCAUGACCUCCCUCGCCUCAACCAACUUGACGGCCAGCAGCUGUCACGCAGAAGGUUACCCUGCGGUCCAGUGCCAGUUCCCCAGGCGCCAAGCCCGUCAUGCACCCAGUCCAACCCCAACCUCCCUGGCCAACAGCAUCACGGCUCAUCAGAGGUUGGCACGCUGCAGUGCCAAAGUCCUGCCCAUCGCUGCCUCCACAGCCAGGGGCCGGCUCUGAAUGGAGACACCGGCAGCGCCACUACACCCGUGCACGGCCGCUCGUCCCCAGCAGACACUCCUCCCAGUCAGAAAUCACGAGUGAAAAAAAAGGUGUCGAAGAGUUCAGCAUUCAGAAGAGACAUACAAGGAGACCUGCCCCCCCCUCCGGAGCCACCCCCAGCGGAGGACAGGUUGAAGGGUCUCCAGGGAUGCUCGGAGCCCACCAGUGUGGGGAACGGCGCGGCCUCGUCCCUGGAGAGGAGUGAAGGCAGCAGCGGGAGCCACCAACGGAAAGGCUCGGCUCAAAGACACGCGGACAAUGACGAGAUGAUGCAGUAUGGCGGGAAGGCCGGUUACCUCUCCAGGAGUCAAAUAUCCAGUAACUGCUCGACCACAGGAAGCUCCUCGUCCAGAGGCUCCACAGGCUCCCGGGGGCUCAACUCUGCCCGCAAACACAACGAGGAAAUGAGAUAAGGACACAGAUGAGUUUUAUCAGUGUAGCAUCGAUGCCUCCAUCAUCCGCCAUCUUUCCACUGUGGCCCCAAUAAGCUGAACUAGAGGAAACGUUUAGGCCGUCAGGAUCCCAGACUCUGCCAUUGCUGUGAAAGAAAGACCAACGGACUUGACAUCUUGUUUGUUUGGUAUUACCAUGAUUAUUUAUAAGCUAACCACUUCUUUCUUCUCCGUUGAUUUGUAAAUACCUGUGUCUGUACUGUUCUUUUGUGGGAUACAGGGAAAGAGACGUAUAUAUUGUAUUUAUGAGGAUAAAAAAAACAAAUGUUAAAACAAACAAAAAAAAUCUGUUAUUAUAAAAGAAAAAAAAGCUCAUGUCUUCUUGAAUGUGCCAACUUUUUUUGUCAAGAUGUAUCCUUUUUUUGGAAAAGCAUUAACUACUGUUGCACUCUCUUGUUGUGAUGGCAAAACAACAGAAAAUAUGAAGCACAAAGUGUGUCGGCUGGUCGAGAGGGGCGGCUGGAAAAGCCAAAACGAGCGGGUUCUCGCUCCUGGAAGGAUGCGUCUGUCUGAGCGCUUCCCCCGCCGGGAUCCCUGCACCUAUAGUCCGCUAAGAAUGUCAUACUUUUCUAUGUCUCCUUGGGUUUCUCUGCAGCAGCAGCAGCAGCAAACCGUUCCGGUGUGCCAGCAGACAGACAGGCUUUAUGAAAGUUUGAUUGUAACCCCUCCCACUCCUCUCUGCUCCCCUCCCUGAACAUGUUCAACUGAGGGAACGUUCGCUGCAGCUGUGAGAAGAAAUUUGCAAAUACUCCCUCCAAAACAAACAAAAAAAAUGUAUGUGGGCUGACUUUUUUUGUACU